CUCGUCGGAUUUUGCAGCACACCCAUAAGCACAUCGAGCUUGCGACGUUGCCAUGACGGAGAAGAAGGCCGACGUAAGCUCGCUUCCAUCACCCGCUGUCCCUGUGGGACAGCUAGAUGUUGUGAAAGCGAAGUUGAAGGACGUAAUGUCGCUGAAGAAUUUGCGCGGGAUCGUGCUCUUUUUUGGUCUCGGUGAGCAAAAGCCUUUCCAAGUCCCGGCCAAGGCAAUUAUGAUGAACCGCACCCGGAAGAACUUGCUCUACUUUGCGACCAACUACGCAGCCGUGGCCAUUCUCGUCGGAUUUGUUUCCAUCUUGAUGAACCCGUUUUUCCUCUUUGUGCUGAUGUGUAUUGCCGCUGGUUGGUAUCAAAACGCUCAAAUUUCGGCAACGGAGACGGAAGACAACAAGUUCACAGUCAUGGGUCGACCUGUCGACGCGAACCAGAGAAACGUGGGCAUGACUGGAAUCACGGCAUUGCUCAUCAUUUACUUCGGCGGGUCCGUUCUGUUUAGCAUUGCGUCGAUGAGCGCGUUGCUGUCUGCUUCGCACGCAUUUCUCCGAAAUUCCAACAUCCCUGACGACGACGACCUUGGGUUUUCUGACGACGUCGCUCUCCCGGAGCCUUAGUUUCUCAUUCGCAUCCAAGCAACGAUUAUAUACUGCUGGAAACUUUGGAAAACCCAACCAUGACUCCCCAACUCACUCGCUAGGAUGGCAGUGCCGAUCGGCGACAUGUACGAGCUUGGCAUGGUAGAGCGACGCAGUAGUUGGUGUCCGAUUAAGGAACACUCUCGAUGAAGUUUGGUGGUGGGGUGAAUCCCAUCCAACACUGCAUGUUUCAAUCGUCUGUAUGCGCGCAA